AUGAAGGCUUAUUUAAAGGCUCUCAACUUGUGGGAUGUCGUUGAGAGAGGAGAACCUACUGUCCAAGCAUUGAGAGACAACAUAACUCUCAAUGAAAUAAAAAAGUAUGAUGAGUUGGUGAUUAGAUCUCCAAGAGCUCUCACUUGCAUACAUUCAAGCCUAACGGAAGUGAUGUUUACAAGGAUUAUGGCUUGUGAGACAGCCAAAGAAGCCUGGGAUAAGCUAAAGGAGGAGUUUAAAGGCAGCAACAGAGUUAAGUCCGUUAAGGUCUUAGCUUUGAAGAGGGAGUUUGAGCUCUUGAAAAUGAAGGAUUCGAAUAGUGUGAAGGAAUCCUCUUCCAAGUUGAUAGAUAUUGUGAACCAAAUAAGGAUACUUGGUGAAAACUUUUCAGAUCAGAAGGUUGUAGAGAAAAUCAUGGUUGGCCUUCCAGACAAGUUUAAAUCAAAAAUCUCAGCUAUUGAAGAGUCUUAUGACUUGACUACUCUUUCAAUGGCUGAGCUGAUCUAUAAAUUGCAAAUUCAAGAGCAAUGGGUGACCAUGAGAAGUGAAGGGACAGUCGAAGACGCCUUUCAAGUAAGGCAUAAAUUCAAAUACUGCAAGAAGUAUGGGCAUAUUGAGAAGUAUUGCAGGCAAAAGCAAACUCAAAGUGGUCAAUCUUCCCAGCGAGUAAAUUGA